AUGCGGGACGCGACCGAAUCGCGAUCACCGGUCCCACCUUCGUUCGCGAUUGGCAUUCGGAGCACACGCGCCGAUGUGUUGCUGUUUAAACAUAUUCCGGUUGUUUGCGGGCGGCGGGCAGGGGUGGCCUGGUGGGGUUGUCAACAGUGCCGCGUCGCGUUCGACGGAAUGUUUUUCGGUGCGCCGGUGGCUGUGGACGCGCACAUGUGCGGUAUAAUGUGCGGGAGGAAAACGAAA